UCUCUCAAGUUCACCGACCACUAGCUGUCUGUUUGGGUAGUUUGGAUCAGACUGUCCCUUUGUGGGAGAUUCCACAGCUAGGAGUCUUGUGCUUCGGAUAGACACGCCGACUUGAGGUCUAUUUUCUGGCCUUUAUUUUGGCUAUUUAAGUGGAUGUUCAAGUAGUUUUAUAGGCUUUAUUUCUCCAUGAAAUUUAUCUUGGAUGCGCCCAACCAAGAUAGACACGGCUUGUCUGCCGGUCGGACAAUAAAUAAGGACUUCUACUAGAUGUAGACUUUUCUGAUUUACCCGGUGGAGACGGUUUGUCUGACAAAGUGGAUGUUGUCGAACUGGGUCAAUUCCUUUCCGGAGGUGGCAGUCAAUGAACAUUUUCGCACUGGAGUUUCAGUAAACUUUUUCUAAUUAUUUUCCCCACGGACUCGCAAUGUCGGGAGUGGUCCGCACCCUAAGCCGCUGCCUGCUUCCAGCCGAGGCCAACCGAGAGCCGGGCGCGAGCAAGCAGGGCAGCCGAGAAAGGGACACAGUGCGAGAGCGAGAGGCGAGGCGACGGAGCCGGGAGAUAGAUGCCAUGCUCGCUCGGGAGAGGAGAGCUGUUCGGCGGCUGGUGAAGAUCCUCCUCCUCGGGGCCGGAGAAAGCGGAAAGUCCACAUUCCUGAAACAGAUGCGCAUCAUUAACGGGCAGGAGUUUGAUAAGAAAGCGUUGCUGGAUUUCCGGGACACUAUAUAUGAGAAUAUAUUAAAGGGUAUGCGAGUGCUGGUGGAUGCCCGAGACAAACUGGGCAUUACCUGGCAGAGCUGUGAGAAUGAGAAGCAAGGCAUGCUGGUGAUGUCAUGGGAGGGGCGUGUGGGUGCCUCGGGGGUGGAGCCUGGUGAGUUCCAGCUCUACGUGAUGGCACUGAGUGCGCUCUGGAUGGAUGCCGGCAUACGGGAGGCAUACACACGCCGCUCUGAGUUCCAGCUGAGCGAAUCAGUCAAAUACUUCCUGGAUAACUUGGACCGUAUUGGACAGCUGAGCUAUAUUCCAAGCAAGCAAGAUAUUUUGUUUGCAAGAAAAGCGACCAAAGGGAUUGUUGAGCACGACUUUGUCAUCAAAAAGAUUCCUUUCAAAAUGGUGGAUGUUGGGGGUCAGAGGUCACAGCGACAGAAGUGGUUUCAGUGUUUCGAUGGGAUCACGUCAAUUCUCUUCAUGGUGUCUUCUUCAGAAUAUGACCAGGUAUUGAUGGAGGACCGCAGGACAAACCGCCUGAUGGAGAGCAUGAACAUCUUCGAGACCAUCGUCAACAACAAGCUUUUCCUCAAUGUCUCCAUCAUCCUGUUCCUCAACAAAACUGAUCUGCUAGUGGAGAAGAUCCGCACUGUGGACAUCCGCAAGAACUUCCCUGAGUUCAGAGGAGACCCCCGCCUGCUGGAUGACGUACAGGAGUUCCUAGUUCAGUCGUUCAGUCGGAAGAGGAGAAACCGGGGGAAGCCGCUGUUCCACCACUUCACUACUGCAGUGGACACAGAAAACAUCCGCUUCGUCUUUCACGCUGUCAAGGACACAAUUCUUCAGGAGAACCUCAAAGACAUCAUGCUGCAAUGACUUUCAGGUUUCUGUGACUGCAACUGUGAAACCUGCCACUAUUCCAGGCAUGAAAGACUUUGCUCUGACACUCUGAUGAACCUAUAUGGACACUGACAUGUGGAAGCAGAGUGUAUCUAACUGAUAUUUGAACCUGUGCGUCCCAGCAGUUGUACAUGUAUGUUGACCACUGCUUUGAACUUCUGCAAAUGUGCAACUGAGCUGAAAGGUGGGAAACACCAACUACACCUGCAUUAGCACUGAGAGUUUCCUUCCCCUCAUAUACAUAAGACUGAUGACAGCGUUGUCACUAACAGCAUGAGCUGGAACAGCAUGAGCCAGAUGGAAAAGGCCUCCACCUCCAGUACAUGUGACCAGAGUGGAGGGUCUGGCCCCUGACUGGUCAUAUGCUGCGUUAUGUAAUAAAAUUGCACAAGUGUUUCUGUCAGUGAACUUUAGCAGAGAGAAGAAGCGAGAGACCCUCUUGUGCUUCAUAUCUCCGUGUAUUUUGCUCCCAACAUCACACGAGGGAGAACAGCUGCAGAGAAGAAGUCUUAUUCUUCUAAUCUCCUCUCAUCUCCUGCCUUCAGCAGUACAAUGGACAGACUGUUUGUCCCGUCCUUUACCAGCACAAAUGGUAGACAGGCUAAUUAGAGAGUCAUCUUCGAUGAAAGAAAUACACAACUUCUGAGUUAUACUCCCCUUAUGAUUUGUCUCUGUCUUCUCUAAAUACCCCACAAACACCCCAGACUUCAUUCGGGGCAGGUUUGAAGUAUUUACUAGAUAUAUUUUGGGGGUUCUUUUCAUUGUUUAGCUUUUCCUGUUUUUUAGGUAAAUAUGAAGGGAACAGUGGAAGAUAUCUAGGCUGAACUAUAACUGACCUAUUCCCCAUGCUACUGCUUGAGAUUUCUGACUUGUGUUGCAGUUUGAAAGACAUAAACAGACUGAAACAGUAUCUAGGAACCUGAGCAAUUGCUAGACCUAAGAAAAUCACUGUUUACGCAUGUUUGGCAAUACAGAUUAUUUUAUACAUGUAAUACCCCCUUUACAUUUAUUGAUGCUAAUGAUAAAGAUGUGAUAGAACACAUAAACAAAUCUUUUUUCACAGUGGUAUAAUCUCCCUCUAAAAAGUAAGCACAAUUCAAUUCAAUUUUUCUUUUGGAAUAACUAUUUAAAAUCAGAAAAUUAGAUCAACCAGACUUUAUUGUCUUCAAGAGACUUUCUUGAUUUAAUACAUCAGCGUAUUGUCAGCUAAAUGAUUGAAUUGGAUCCCAUGAUAUCCAAUAAUUUUACCAAGAAGAGGUGUAUCUUUACAGACAAGAGAACUGGCCAAAACUCCACAGCUAACUUAAAUGAAUGAGGAAGAUAUAUAAAUAAAUGAUGUAACUUCCACACGAUUCAUCUCUUUUCAUGCAUUUUAUACAUCUUUACCAAUGGUAGCAAUAAAAGUAAAGGGCUAUAUUUUCUUAUCCUUAUGCUCAAAAUGGCACUGCCCAUUAGCUCAAGGAAAUUAGAUGGCAAUUUUGAAUACUGACGUUUUAUUAGUGAGGUCAUCCAUAGAAAAUCAAACAAAAAAACUGCAUAAAUUCCUAGUAAAAAAGCUCCAAAAAUCUAAACUGAUUCCUACCAUUUUACAAAUAAAUUAUUUUAGCUAUUUAAAUAUUAGAGGCCCUUGCUUGCAAAAUUUUAUAGCACUGUGCAUUAAUAUAUUUUAUGAUGGAACCGAGGAAACAGGUGCUGCACUAAAACAGUCUGAUUAAACUAAUUGAAUGUUGGAAUCAUCGCUCUGUUUUAUGUCUGCAUUAUUGAAGAAAAACAUUCAAAUUCUAGGAAGCUGGUUUAUGUAACAGAGACUUUAGCAGCUUCAGAAGCCAGUGUUGAUGAAAAUGGAGAAUCUAAAAGUGACAAAGUUGAUUCCAGCAGUACAACACAGCCUGCAAAUGUAAAUAAACAUUUAACUCUUGUCAAAUUUGAAGGGAUGGAAAAAAGUUCUCACCCAAAAUGCUUAGAACAACUGAAGGCUUGAUGCUCUUUAUUAUGCGUCAGCAGUAAUUCAAAUAAAUUAUUCUCCAACAAGAACAUUUAAUCUUCUGCACCUUUAGUUGCAUCAGUCAUGAGGAGGGUGACAUGAGAGCACAAAAAAUGGCUUUUCAGGAUGUAAAAAUGCACUCAAAACCAAAAUGUAAAUAAAUAAAUGUGCUACCUUUGUAAAUUUGCUAAUUAAAGUGGAGACAUUUUUUUGACAUGACUGAGUCAUCUUUUGGUAUGGCGAGAAUAAGGACAUCAGCCGAAUGCUUUUCUCACUCCCAGUGUUUCCUCUGUUUGGCCAAGAGGUGAAUCAACAUGUCACUCACUGCACCACAGUUAGUUGGUUUUCAAAGAUUUUUUUAGGCAUGUUAUUUUUCCUUUUAUACACUGAAUACUGUAAAUUUUUGACUGUAUUAAGUCUCCAGUGAUCUCCCAUUUCUUUACAUUUUCCUUCCAAGCGAAGGAGAAUGUAGCAGCUCCAGCAUCAUUCUCAGUUCAGAGGAGGCAUUUUCAGAGGAGCGAUUAUUGGUUCAGCCUCUUAAGUCUAAGAGACAUAAAAAUCCAGACAGAAAAAACUUGUCAAAUUGAAAAUAGCAACAAACCCAUUUAAAAUGAUUUUUUAGGCAUUUAUCAAAUUUUUUAUGUUGAAAAUAUGCACAAUAACUUGAUGGAAAAAGAAUAUGCUUUUAGCACUAUAGUACAUUACUACAGCAGAGGAGUUUGCUGAAUACCUAGCAUACAGUGGACAUUUAGCUGAAAGAUGAUCCAUCUUGUGGGUUGCUGGGAUUUUUGAUUUUCAGGUAUGACUGUAACUGGUAUAAAGUUAACUAACCCUCCUUCUCUCACACUUGUUCUGUUUUUUCCUGAGUGAGUGUGUUUGUACUGGAUGUCUGGGGGGAAAACGUCAAAAUGAAGUAAAACAAUUUUAAAAAAGCAAGCAGAAAAAGGAAAAUCAGAAGAUUCCUUCAAUGUUUAUGUUUCUAUAUUUAGUUUUUUUCUGAUCCUUUCCUUUGUGCUCUGUGGUGAAAUAAACUGCCUUUUGCUGA